AUGUCAUUCGAACAGCUUGCGGUGCUGUUGGUGAGCGUUCAGGGCAUCGCUGUCAAUGUGGAUCCGGUUCUGACCUCAUGGCUGCUGUUCCACCCUCAGAGAACCAGCAGCAGCAGACAGACGCAACAGAGUAUCCCGGGCACCGUGCGCAGCUGGUAUCACAGUCAGGCGUGUAUGCCGGGGACGCUGGUGCUGUGUCUGCCGCAGAUCAGUGUGUUGAGCGCAGGACACCGGCGCAUGGAGCCGCUGCAGGACGUCCCGUUCACUGUGCCCAGACCUGUGCUGGAGGAGGGCGAUGCGUUCCCGUGGACGGUGUGUGUGAGUCAGCUGAGCGUCUACUCUCUCCUGGGACAGCAGUGGUCUCUCAGCGUGUUCGAGCCGGUGGGCUGCACCUCCACACUGGCGCUCACCGCUCCCAAACUGCAGCCCGACAGCAGAGACGCCUUCAUCAUGUGUCUGCAUGUGGACCUGCAGCCGGUGCACCUCAAAUGCUCCAACCCUCAGGUCCAGCUUGUGUUUGGUUUGUGGUGUCGAUGGAGUCAGAUCUUCAGUGUGUUUGACCGGAUGCAGAGCAGAGGAGCUCAGAGAGCGUCAGCCGGAUUCCCCGACUCCUCGGCGCCCCCUGCUGGACCCUCGUCACCCGUCCACAGCAGCGUGGGCACCAUUCCUCUGGACACCAGCAACUACAGCCCGUCAGCUGACCUGGGCUCUCCUACAGAGGGUUAUUCGGCGCACACCGAGGACCCUGCGGCCGGUGAGACCAUGACUCUGGAGCAGAAGACCUGCAGCGUCAGCAGCACCAGCGGAAAACUCAGCAUCUGGAUGCAGUGGAUGCUGCCUAAACUCACACUCCAGCUGUUCAACGGAAACAGGAAGUAG